ACACUUUGGUUACGUCAUCAUCUCCUCCUAUUCCAUCUCCUCAGCGGCUCAGCCCAACCACCACCUGCAGCUGCAGCUCCGUGGAUCGCCAUAUACAAGUGUAACAGAUCUGCCGCACAUCACAAACCACCCACCCAAAAGAACACCCACCCAUCCAUCCACCAUGGCUGCCAAGGCCGUCCUCCUCCUCCUCCUCCUCUCCGUGUUGUUGGCGGCAGAGGCGGCCGACGACGGCACGACGACGCACCUGAGCUUCUUCAUGCACGACAUCGUGUCGGGCAGCAACCCGACGGCGGUGAAGGUGAUCAAGGGCCCCGGGUCGACGACGGCCCCUGCGCUGGGCAUGGCCUUCGGCGACACCACCGUGGUGGACGACGCGCUGACCGAGGCCUCGUCGCCGUCGUCGGCCGCGGUGGGGCGGAUGCAGGGCAUCUACAUGCUGUCGUCGCAGUCGGGCGCGGCGCUGAUGGUGUGCGCCAACCUGCUGCUCACCUCGGGGGACCACAACGGCAGCACCAUCGCCGUGCUGGGGCGGGACGACACGGACGCCGACGUCAGGGAGCUCGCCGUCGUGGGAGGCACGGGAAAGUUCAGGAUGGCCAGCGGGUACGUGCUCUGGAAGACGUCCAGCAUGAGCGGCGCCGACGCCACCGUCAAGCUCGACGUGUACCUCACCACGGGCGGCGGCAACGGCACCAUCGACGCCGACGCGCCCGCCUCGCCCGUCGGCGGCGGCGGCGGCUCCCCGUCCGGGUCGUCGGGGACGAAGGCGAGCUCGGGUGGUGCGAGGACGACCGGCGGCGGGUGGGUCGUCGCCGCCGUCGUGGUUGCGGUGGUUGGAUCCUGGGUUUGGUGAGAAAGCUGAUAGGUGAUGUGUGGUGGUGGAGAGCACAGAGCAGGCCGGCGGACACUGACAGAGUGGAAAAGUUUGGUGAGAUGUCGGUGUACGCACGUAGUGGGGGUGCAGAUUCGUUCUACUGCAUGUGGUUGCAUCAUGGGUUUCCGCUUUUCAUUUCUUUCCUUUGCCCCCACACUCUACUCCAUCGAUCUACGAUGUGGCUUCUACUUUUUACUGAUGAGGCUUUCUUGCUUUCUUUGCAUCCUUA